CCGGACCCACGUGUGUCUAGUGCGCUUACACGAGUUUGGCAUAGCGAAUUUAAUAGGCUUGAAGAGACAAUGAAGCAAUACUGGCAGCAAACAUUAUACAAAUGCUAGGAUUUAUUACUUCAGUAUCGUUUAGAGGAGAGAUCUCUGUUCUCUAUCAGGAUGGCGAAAAGUUUACGCAGCAAGUGGAAGAGGAAGAUGAGGGCAGACAAGAGAAAGAAGAUUGCCCCCAAAGAGCUGGUACGACUCAAAGCAGUGCUGGGCCAGGGAGAAAAAGGCGAGAUCACCAUGAAAGAUGUAGCCGAGGUCGCCACUGUAGUGCCAGCUGAGAAAGUGAAAGAGAAGCCAAAAUAUGUAGAGUUGCAGGAAGACAAUGGAGAUGCUGGAAAGAUGGAUUUGGACAGUAAGCGCAAUAAAAAGACAAUGCUGGAUGAUCAAGGGCGGUAUCCUGUCUGGAUGAAUCAAAGGCAGGCGAAGAAGGUGAAAGCCAAAUGUUUGACUAAAAAGGGCAAACCGAACAUUAAAAAUAAAGGAAUUGCCUGGUAGAUGAACGGAUUCGCCUGUAUAAGGACACUAUUCCUGUAAUGGUUGUACAUGAGCUUUGCUGUGCAUUGUUUUGAUGUACAAUUUGGAAAUUUCCAUGGACUGAUUAUGCAGCCUUGUGCAGACAAAUACUUGACAAUGUUUGCAGUUGUCAAAUGUUAUGACAAUCUAGUAGGCACUGUUUAUGGCUUAUGGAGAAUGCGAGAUGAGGUCAGAAGGGAAUACAUUGAUUGAAGAGCAUAUUUAAUGAAAUUAUGGGAAAGAGAGCCUAUUUGAAUACUGUAAUUACUCUGGAUUCAGCAUGCUACCUGGCUGACUCUUUCAAUAAAAUAUAGAGUCUGUCCCUCUCCGACUAAACGUUUAUUUAUUUUUUUCUUUAUUUGGAUCUUUUUCACCAUUUGGAUCUGUUUAAUUUUGAAAUUGUAAAGUUUUCAAGGAAUUGUUCACCCAAAAUGUAAAUUCUCUCAUCUGACGGACUUCUGCAGAACACAAAUUAAUUUUUUACAUUUUUUUUUUUCUUCUGGUCCUCACAAUGCAAGUGAAUGGUGGCUAGUACUUUGAAGCUUCAAAAGCACAUAAAGGCAGUAAAUGAUGAGAGCAUUUUUAUUUUGGGGUGAACAAUCUCUUUAAAAGUGUGUUUCUAUGCAGACAGAAUUAUUAUGGAUGCGCAUGACUU